AUGACUGCUCAAAAUUCCCAGUUCCAAGAGGAAACAAGAAAUAAUCACAGGGACAUGACCACUUCCAUCAAAAAUAUUGAAGUUCAGAUGGGUCAGAUAGCACAACAAAUCGCAUGUUCUAGAAUACCAGGUUCCUUACCAAGUGAAACAAUACAAAAUCCAAGAAACCAUGAGAAUGUUAAUGUUGUCACGACAAGAAGUAAGAAGGAUGCUAAAGAUGAAAAAGUUAUACCACCCGGAAAGCCAAUUGAAGAGAAAAAUAAAAAGGAAACUAAACCUGUGAUUAAGUUACCAUAUCCUCUGAGAGCAACAAAGAAGGAACCUAGAGAGACAGACUUUGAGAAAUUCAUGACAAUGUUAAAAAAGAUAGAGAGUCAUACGCCCUUUUUUGAAGCACACGAGCAAAUGCCAUGUACACAAAAUUCAUGGAAGAGAGCUAGUGUGAGUCUGAUGCCAUUAUCAAUCUACCAUAGGCUAGGUAUUGAAAAUGUCAAUGAUACAAAGACAAAUCUGAAGUUUGUAGAUCACUCGAUAAAGAAUGCAUAUGGGAUAGCAGAAUACGUGCUGGUGAUAAUAAGGGAAUUGAGUUUUCCUGUUUAUUUUGUGAUCAUAGACAUAUUUGAAGAUGAAGAGACACCUAUCAUUCUUGGUCAACCAUCCAAUACUACUCAACCUCUCAUAUCUCAAGCAAACUCCCAGACUCGGUUGAAGAGUCUUUCAUACAAGGUUUUCUUUGCAAUCAUUAUUGCUUCCAAUUUUCGUCACGAGAUCAUAGUUACAGACCAAUGA